AUGAUAGACCAUCCCCCGGCGAGGGAGACCGCAGAGAUCCUGAACGGGGGGGUUUAUGUUGACCAGAACAAGUUCCUGUGCCACGCCGACACCAUCCACUGGAGGGACAUCAUCAAGAACCCCCAAGCUGAGCUCUUGGUGGUACCGUCCAACAACAGUGGCCUUGGAUGUAAACGAUGUCAUCGCUCUUGUAACGGACGCUGCUGGGGCCAUCAGGACAACCAGUGCCAAAGCUUGACCAAGACUGUGUGUGCUGAGCAGUGUGACGGCCGUUGCUUCGGCCCCUACGUCAGUGACUGCUGCCACAGGGAGUGUGCUGGGGGCUGCUCGGGACCCAAGGACACAGACUGCUUCGCCUGCACCAACUUCAACGACAGCGGGGCGUGCGUGACCCAGUGCCCCCAGCCCUUUGUGUACAACCCCACCACCUUCCAGCUGGAAUCCAACCCACGGGCCAAGUACACCUAUGGAUCCUUCUGUGUGGAGAAGUGUCCCCAUAACUUUGUGGUGGAUCACAGCUCCUGUGUGAGGGCUUGUCCCAGCAACAAGAUGGAAGUAGAGGAGAACCGCACCAAGAUGUGCAUCCCCUGCACUGAUAUCUGUCCCAAAGUGUGUGACGGCAUAGGGACUGGCAGCCUGCAGACAGCCCAGACGGUGGAUGCCAGCAACAUAGAGAUGUUUGUCAACUGCACCAAGAUCAACGGCAACCUCAUCUUCCUCAUCACCGGCAUCAAAGGGGAUAUGUACCAUGGUAUAGGGGCCUUGGACCCAGAGCGGCUCAACGUGUUCCGCACAGUGAGAGAGAUCACAGGGUUCCUCAAUAUCCAGUCCUGGCCAGAGAACAUGACAGACCUCGGUGUCUUCUCCAAUCUGGCAACCAUCGGUGGGAGAUCACUGUACAGUGGGAUCUCUCUGCUGAUCCUGAAGCAGCGUUGGAUCUCCUCUCUCCAGUUCCAGUCUCUGGAUGAGAUCAGUGCGGGCAACGUGUACAUCACCAACAACAGCCGCCUGUGCUUCUACAACACCGUCAACUGGACCAGCCUGUUCCGCACCAGCAAUCAGAAGGUGCUCAUCCGCAACAACCGCGCCCCCAGCGAGUGCACCCAACAGAGGAUGGUGUGUGACCGGCUGUGUUCUGAAGAUGGUUGCUGGGGUCCAGGGCCUAACCAGUGCCUAUCCUGUCGUUACUUUAGCCGAGGACGUUCCUGUGUGCCGUCCUGCAACCUCUAUGACGGAGAUGUGCGUGAGUUUACUAAUGGUUCAGUAUGUCUGGAGUGUGACAGCCAGUGUGAGACAUCUCAGGACAAGACCAUGACCUGCCUUGGAACGGGUCCAGAUCAAUGUGUGACCUGUCUCCACUCCAAAGACGGGCCCAACUGUGUGGAAAAGUGCCCCGACGGCCUCCAAGGCACCAACAGCUUCAUCUUCAAAUACGCCGAGGCCAACAACGAGUGUCACCCCUGCCACGCCAACUGCACCCAGGGCUGCGUUGGGCCUCGGCUCCAAGACUGUGUUGGAAUGAUGGACAGGACGCCCCUCAUCGCGGCCGGGGUGAUCGGUGCUCUGUUUGUCAUCGUCAUCGUGGCGCUGAGCGUGGCGGUCUACGUGCGCCGUAAGAGCAUCAAGAAGAAGAGGGCUCUGCGCCGCUUCCUGGAGACAGAGUUGGUGGAGCCCCUGACCCCUAGCGGCACGGCCCCCAACCAGGCCCAGCUUCGUAUCCUCAAAGAGACAGAGCUAAAGAGGGUUAAGAUCCUCGGCUCGGGAGCCUUCGGCACCGUCCACAAGGGUAUCUGGGUCCCAGAGGGAGAGACAGUAAAGAUCCCAGUGGCCAUAAAGAUCCUGAACGAGGCUACGGGGCCCAAAGCAAACGUGGAGUUCAUGGACGAGGCUCUGAUUAUGGCCAGCAUGGAGCACCCCCACCUGGUCCGUCUCCUGGGGGUCUGCCUGAGCCCCACCACACAGCUGGUCACCCAGCUCAUGCCCCACGGCUGCCUCCUCGACUACGUCCACGAACACAAGGACAACAUCGGCUCUCAACUGCUGCUCAACUGGUGUGUCCAGAUCGCCAAGGGUAUGAUGUAUCUGGAGGAGAGAAGGCUGGUCCACAGAGAUCUGGCAGCCCGUAAUGUUCUGGUCAAGUCCCCCAACCACAUCAAGAUCACUGACUUUGGCCUGGCCAGACUGCUGGACGUCGACGAGAAAGAAUAUAACGCUGACGGGGGCAAGAUGCCCAUUAAGUGGAUGGCGUUGGAGUGUAUUCACUACAGGAAGUUCACACACCAGAGUGAUGUGUGGAGCUACGGUGUGACUAUCUGGGAGCUGAUGACUUUUGGAGGGAAGCCGUAUGACGGCAUCCCCACGCGAGAGAUCCCAGACAUCCUGGAGAAGGGCGAGCGUCUGCCUCAGCCUCCCAUCUGCACCAUAGACGUCUAUAUGGUCAUGGUUAAAU